CACUCUCUCUUUCUUACACUCUCUCUUACACUGAUUACUCACUAUUCGAUCUACUUUUCAAGCCACGCAGCUUCGUUCAUGGAAUCCUAGAGUUCCACAAAUUCAUGUUCUGUAAGUAAUUUAAGAAUUAGUUCAACGCGUCGUGGAGCUUGUACUCUGGGGUCAGAAUGGAGGAUUUUGUUGUGCAAUCUGCUGAGAAUGCAGAGGUAGUGCCUAAGUUGCCAGAAGAAGUUUGCAAUGGUUUGGGUGAUGGCGCUGAAAAAGUCGUGGAACCAGCAAAAUCAACUGCUGGGUCUGUUAAUAGGAGGGCAGAGGUGAGGAGUGGUAUGAGUUCGAAAACAGGUGUGGCUAAAUCACGUGUAAGCAGGAAUCCGCAGAGUUCUAAUGUGGUACCUGUCAGUGCAAGAAGAAAUAGCAGCGGUGAGUUGGGUGAGAAGCAGUCAGUUAGGACUAAAGCACAACAGUCUGGUCCUGGUGUGACACAAAGAAAAGCCAGUGGCGCUUCUGUUUCGCAGCCAUUACGCCGAUCUGUGCCAGAAAUGAGAACAUCUAAGCUGUCUGAUGCUAGUAAGAGUUUAAGCAUAGUGGGUGUCAGAGAAACAAAAAAGUUAGGGCCAGUUUCACCUAGUGCUAGAACUUUGAAGACACCUACGAGCUCAAGUUUUAAUAAGAAUGAUUCUGUUAACAAGCUGCCACUUACACGGGGUUCCUCAACAAGGAAGGCAAAUUCUUCUUUAUCAGUAGAUAGUACGGCCAGUAGCUCUACUAAAAAUUUCGUCUCAAAGAACUCCAUACUUUCAGCUCAAUCCCCUUCAAUUACAAGUGGAUUGAAGAAGAGUAACAAGCUUUCUUCGCCUUUAGCUCGGUCUCCAUCUGUAAGUAGUGGAUUCAAAAAGGCAACUGUGUCAGCAUCCCAAGACCAGGGUUCAAACUUAUCUAGUCGGAAGAAGGUUGCAUCCCCUGAAGGCCAGGAUUCUCACUUCAUAGUUUUGCCACAGGUGGAGAUCAAAGCUGGUGAUGAUGUGAGGCUAGAUUUGAGAGGUCAGAGAAUCCGUAAUUUGAAUGCCAGUGGGGUGAAUUUCUCCCUGAAUUUAGAGUUUGUUUAUCUCAGGGACAAUUUAUUAUCAUCACUAGAAGGUAUUGAAAUACUGAAGAGAAUCAAGGUUCUUGAUUUGAGUUUUAAUGAUUUUAAAGGACCGGGAUUCGAGCCACUUGGGAACUGCCAAGUCCUGCAGCAACUUUAUCUUGCUGGAAAUCAGAUUACAUCACUUUCAAGCCUCCCCGAGCUUCCUAAUUUGGAGUUUCUUUCUGUCGCGCAAAAUAAGCUGAAGUCUCUCUCUAUGUCGAGUCAACCUCGGCUACAGGUGUUGGCUGCAAGCAAAAAUAAAAUAUCAUCUCUCAAGGGUUUCCCCCAUUUGCCAGCUCUGGAGCAUCUUAGAGUUGAGGAGAACCCGAUCCUCCGGAUGCCUCAUCUAGAAGCAGCAUCUAUUUUGCUUGUUGGUCGUACAUUAAAAAAGUUUAACGACAGAGACUUGUCUAAGGAAGAAAUCGCAAUUGCUAAGCAUUACCCUGCACAUACUGCCCUCUGCAUUAGAGAUGGUUGGGAAUUCUGCUCCCCAGACUGUGCUGCAGAUUCGACUUUCAACUUCUUCGUUGAACAUUGGAAGGAUCAGUUACCCCCAGGAUUUCAGCUCAAGGAAGCAUCAAUUGAUCUGCCAUUUGAGGAAGAUGCUUGUCGCUGCCACUUUAUUUUUCUUCAGAUUCAUGGGAAUGACCUGAACUUGGUUUUAAAAUAUCAAUGGUAUGUGGGAGAGGGGCCUCUUUCAUCUUUCAAGGCCAUUCCUGAUGCCAUUUCGGAGGUGUACUUCCCUAAGCAUGAUGACAUUGACAGAUAUCUGAAAGUUGAAUGCGUCCCUGUAUUAGGGGAGACACAACAUACACCAAUUUUUGCAAUUUCCUCACAGGUUUCUCCAGGAACUGGUUGUCCAAAGGUCUUGAACCUUGAUGUGCGUGGUGACCUUGUGGAGGGAAGUGUCAUCCGGGGAUGUGCUGAGAUUGCAUGGUGUGGCGGGACUCCAGGAAAAGGUGUUUCCAGUUGGUUAAGGAGAAAAUGGAACAGCAGCCCUGUGGUAAUUUCUGGAGCUGAAGAUGAUGAAUAUCAAUUGACUAUAGAUGAUGUUGAUUCAAGUUUAGUGUUUAUGUACACUCCGGUAACCACUGAAGGUACCAAAGGAGAACCUCAGUAUGCAAUCACUGAUUAUGUAAAAGCAGCUCCUCCAUCAGUCUCUAAUCUAAGCAUAAUUGGAGAUUAUGUCGAAGGCAACGCUAUCAAGGGUGCUGGAGAUUACAUUGGAGGACGGGAAGGUCCUAGCAAGUAUGAAUGGCUGCGUGAAAAUAAGGAUACAAGAGUUUUUGAACUGAUCUUAAGUGGAGCUGCUGAGUAUACGUUGACGCGGGAAGAUGUUGGUAGCCGUGUGGUUUUCACUUAUAUACCUGUGAAUUUCGAAGGUAAAGAAGGUGAAUCUGCAUCUGUGUUUACUGAUGUAGUAAGGCAAGCACCUCCAAAGGUAACAAAUACAAGAAUACUUGGUGAACUAAGAGAGGGAAGUAAGAUUACUGUAAGUGGUACAGUCACUGGAGGAACUGAAGGGGCCAGCAGAGUCCAAUGGUUCAAAUCAAGUUCGUCAACUCUAUCAGGGGAGGAUGGUCUUGAAGCCUUAAGCAUGUCAAAGAUUGCAAAGGCUUUUCGCAUACCAUUGGGAGCCGUUGGCCAUUAUAUUGUUGCAAAAUUUUCUCCAAUGACACCUGAUGGUGAAGCUGGUGAACCAGCAUAUGUAAUAUCUGAGAAGACUGUUGAGAAUCUUUCUCCAAGCCUAAAUUUCUUGUUAGUCACUGGGAAUUAUGCGGAAGGAGAGAUGUUGACAGCAUCAUAUGGUUAUAUAGGUGGUCAUGAAGGAAGAAGUAUAUAUAAUUGGUAUCUUCACGAGGUUGAAACUGAACCAGGCACUUUAAUUAGUGAGGUUUCAGGGUAUCUUCAGUAUCGAGUCCCCAAGCAAGCCAUCAGUAAAUUUGUCUCCUUCAAAUGUAUACCUGUUCGGGAUGAUGGUAUGAUUGGUGAACCUAGGGUCUGCAUGGGACAAGAGCGGGUUCGUGCUGGAAGCCCAAGGUUAAUUUCAUUGCAAAUAGCUGGCAAGUCUAUUGAAGGAUCAACAUUGGUAGCUGAAAAAUCAUAUUGGGGUGGUGAAGAGGGAGAGUCAGUUUUUCGCUGGUUUCGGAGUGAUUCAGGUGGGCAACAAAUGGAAAUUAAUGGUGCUAUCACAGCAUCAUACACACUUUCGGUUGAUGAUGUUGGACACUAUAUAUCAGUAUCCUGUGAACCAAUUAGAAGUGACUGGGCACGUGGUCCAGUAGUACUCUCUGAACAAUUUGGUCCAAUAGAUCCUGGUCCCCCGUCUUGUGAGGCACUCAGCUUCUCAGGAUCAAUGACAGAAGGAGAACGAUUGACCUUUAGUGCAUCAUACACUGGAGGGAAGAAAGGCGACUGCUACAUUGAGUGGUUUAGAGUACAAAACGAUGGUUACAGGAAGAGACUGUCUGCCAAUGAGUUUCUAGAUUUAGCUCUUGAUGAUGUUGGGAGUUGCAUUGAAGUAAAUUUCACGCCUGUUCGGAACGAUGGAGCUAGAGGAAUUUCCCAGAGAAUUAUAUCUGAUAUUAUCAUGCCCGCUGAUCCUGUUGGUUUAGAGCUUACAAUUUCUGCUUGCCAUGAGGCUGAGGAAGUGUUUCCAUGUAAGAGAUACUUUGGUGGACAUGAAGGUAUAGGAGAAUAUAUAUGGUAUAGAACAAAAAAGAAGCUUCACGGAUCUGAUUUGAGUGGUAUAUCUGAAACAUAUGAUGAUGUUAUAAUUUGUGGUCGAGAUGUUACAUACACACCGUUUCUGGAUGACGUGGAAUAUUUAGUUUUAUAUUGGGUUCCGGUACGCAAAGAUGGGAAACCCGGCAAGCCAUUAGUUUCAGUUUCUGAUGAUCCAGUUGGCCCAGCUCAUCCUGUAGUACAAAAUAUUUGUGUCAAAGCCUUGAGUUUGAGCACUUUCUCUGGUGAAGGGGAGUAUUUUGGGGGCUAUGAAGGAUCAAGUCUGUUUAGCUGGUAUAGAGAAACAGCGGAGGGCACUAUUACUUUGAUAAUUGGGGCUGAUUCUCAGACUUAUGAAGUCACAGAAUCAGAUUACAAUUGCCGUUUGCUGUUUGGAUACACACCAGUUCGUUCAGAUUCAGUUGUUGGAGAACUCAGGCUCUCUGAUCCAACAGACAUUAUUCUGCCUGAACUAUUGAAAAUUGAGAUGGUUGCCCUCACUGGAAAAGCAAUGGAAGGAGAAAUGCUCACUGCUGUUGAAGUCAUUCCAAAUAGUGAGAGCCAACAAAAAGUUUGGAGCAAGUACAAGAAAGAUGUCAAGUAUCACUGGUAUUAUUCUUCAGAUUCUGGGGAUGCCAGAUCCUGGGAAAUGUAUUCUUCAGAGAGUUCCUGCUCUUACAGAUCGUGUUUUGAAGACAUUGAUCGUUACCUGAGAUGUGAGUGCAUUGUUACUGAUGUCUUUGGAAGGUCAAGUGAUCCUGUAUAUACUGAAAGUACUCCUAUAUUGCCAGGAAUCGCUAGAAUAGAUAAACUGGAGAUUGAGGGAAGAGGAUUUCACACUAAUUUGUAUGCUAUCCGAGGAGCUUAUAGUGGAGGCAAAGAAGGCAAAAGUAGAAUACAAUGGCUUAGAUCCAUGGUUGGCAGUCCUGAUCUCAUCUCUAUACCUGGAGAAAUGGGAAGGAUGUAUGAAGCUAGUGUUGAUGAUGUGGGAUACCGCCUAGUAGCAGUAUACACUCCAGUAAGAGAAGAUGGAGUUGAGGGAAAGCCUGUCUCAGCUUCAACAGAGCCAAUAGCAGUUGAACCUGAUGUUCUUGAAGAAGUGAAGAAAAAGCUUGACCUUGGUUCUGUGAAGUUUGAGGUAAUAUGCAACAAGGCUCCAUCAUCCAAAAAGAUUCUGGAUACUGGGGGUCUUGAGAGGAGAAUUUUGGAAAUUAACAGAAAGAGAGUCAAAGUUGUGAAGCCUGGUUCCAAAACUUCUUUUCCGACUACUGAAAUGCGUGGCACUUAUGCCCCCCCAUUCCAUGUGGAGGUUUUCCGCAAUGACCAACACCGAUUGAGGGUUGUCGUCGACAGUGAAAAUGAAGUAGACAUUAUGGUGCAUACACGCCACUUGAGGGAUGUCAUUGUGCUUGUUCUCCGAGGAUUAGCUCAAAAGUUCAACAGCACCUCUCUAAAUUCUUUGCUGAAAAUAGAAACAUAGGAAUUCAUUCACCUUUUGAAUGUCUUUAAAAUGUCAUUUUAUCAAUGUUAGUGAGGUUUCCCUUUCGUUUCCUUGUUUGUAUGGAAAUCAUUGCUAUACUUCGUCAUAGUUAACGGAAGUCGUGUACAACUUUGCUUGUGGCUUGUCAAAUUCUUUUUUUGGGUUUAUACAAGAGAAUGUAAUUAAAUACAUUCUUCAAUUACUUUUGAUUA